AUGGACGUUUGCAAGCCUUGGGCUAAAGAAGAUGCAGACGAGAUCUCGACUGAAACGGAUAUUGAUGUGACAGAGUUGGAAGAAGACGUAGUUGAGCCAGAAGAAGAGAAUAGGCGAGACUUAGAGAAAGAGACUGAGGCAAAGGAAAUGGACGAAGAAGAAAAUAACGAUGCAACUGAGAUCGAAGAAGAGGACUUGCCUGACCCAGACGAAGAGGACUUGCCCAAGGCAGAAGAAAUGGACUCUCAUAAGACUGAAAAAGAAGAGGAUAAUAAAGUCCUGGAAGAGGAAGAUGAAGAGGAAGAGGAGAGGAGGAGUUCGACAGAUCAAGAACUAAAAGAUGUAGAGAACUUCGACAAUCAGCUAGAAGACAAAAUAGAGACAGAGGAAACCAGGAAAGAAGUUGUAGAAGGAAGCAUAGGUAAAGACGAAAAAGAAGAAACUGUUCCUCCUCAUGAAGAGGAGCAGGCUCGUGGUCCUGAAGAAUCUAUAGUAAUGACUGAGGAAGUGGCAGGAAAUUUGCCGUGUGCUAACAUGCCGAAGAUUCUUCCUGAGGAGAAGAUGGUGGCCCUGUGGAUGACUCUAAAAUGA